AUGAACGUUGGUGGGAAGGAAACCACUUCUUCUCAGCUCGGCACAGACCCUCCCUCGACAGACCAGGAAGACAUCUACACUGUCAUCGAGGAGGUCGCCAAGGAUGCCGAAGCUAAGGCCACCAAGAUCGCGGCUGGGGAAGCCGCCAAGUCCACCGCCGAGGAGGCCACCAAGGGGGCUGCCGGGGAGACUGGUGAGGCUGCUGUCGGGGAGGCCGGCAAGGGGCCUGCCGGGGAGUCCGGCAAGGCUGCUGCCGGGGAGGCUAACAAGGCUGCUGCCGAGGAGGCCGCCAAGGAGCCCGCCGGGGAGGGGGCGGCCGAUGACCAACCUUCCUCCCGCGCAGCUUCUGCCCUGGGCAAGUACUUGAAGGUGGGUGCCGAUCUGUUCAUCCGCCUCCCAGGGACGGCAGACACCAAGGCGCCAGCCGAAGGGGAGGUCUUUGAUGACGAGGCCCUCGCCACUGCUGGGUUCCAGGUUGUCGACGAACCGAGCGCCAGUGGCGGCGGUUCCCAAGAGGAGCAGCUCCUCCCGAGCCGUGAGCGCCAAUUUCCAGAAGCUGCAGGCGCUCCACCAUGCUCGCCAAGACAAGGUGAACUCCAGGAUGGCAGUUGUGGACAAAGCGGAAGCCGAUUCCCAGGAGUGCGUCGCUCAGACGCACUUGCCGCCACGCUCCGCGGCAAGGACGAGGAAAUCGGGAAGAUUGUCGCGCAGCGGACCCAGGAGCUGGAGCAGAAGCACAAUGACGCACUUGAUGCCCUGGUCCUGGACCAAGCCGGCAAGGUGGAGAAGUUGGAGCUGGAGCGGGAGGGGCUGAAGAAGGAGAUCUUGGAGCUGACGGAGGAGAGGGACACGGUCAACCGCACUCUGGCGGAUUUGCAGGUCGCCAUCUCUGACAAGACCAAGUUGCUCUCCGAGGCCAACAGCUCCAUUGAUGAUCUGAAGCUACAACUCGGCACCCUGGAAGGGACGCUUUCAGAGGUCAUGGCCCGGGAGGAGAUCCUGAACAAGGCCCUUGAGAGCGAAAAGUAG